CUCUGUACUUAUCAAAAUUUGGGAUCAAUUCCACUUUCAAGUUUCAACACAAUGCUAAUCAAUCUCUCAUGAAAAAAUAAGUAAUCCCUUAAAAAGAAAAUAAAAAACAAACAACUACUACGACAAUGGGUGCCAAUGUUGCAUCAACACUUGUCUACAUGGCAGAGAGGUGCACUUCCAUGCGAGACCUCAAGCUCAUCCACGCUCACGCCUUCCGCGCCUGCCUCCACCAACACACCGUCGUUCUCGGCAAGCUCUUCCGCUUCGCCGCCGUCUCUCCCUUCGGCGACUUAUCCUACGCCCACAACAUGUUUGACCAAAUGCCCCAUCCAUCCACCUUCUUCUAUAACACCCUCAUCCGUGCCCAUUCCCACUCCACUACCCCUUCUCUCUCCUCCCUAUUCUUCAACACCAUGAGGCAAAACGACGUCGCCCCAGAUGAGUUUUCCUUCACCUUCUUGCUAAAGUCACGUUCUUUCACCACCCCUUUUGUCCAUGACACACAUAGUGCUGUUUUCAAGUUUGGUUUUUGCCGCCAUUUGCAUGUUCAGAACGCGUUGAUACACAUGUAUGCUGUUGGGGGAGUGACCCUUUUGGCUCGUAGGGUUUUUGAGGAUGCAAUUAAAGUGGGUUUGGAUGUUGAUAUUGUGUCGUGGUCCGGGUUGCUUGUUGCGCACUUAAGAGCUGGUGAAUUGGAUGUUGCGCGAAAGGUAUUUGAUCAAAUGCCUGAGAGAGAUGUUGUUUCGUGGACCAUUAUGUUGUCUGGUUAUUCGCAGGCCAAGCGGCCCCGUGAGACCUUGGCAUUGUUUCAGGAGAUGAGGCUUGUGGGGGUGUGGCCGGAUGAGGUUACCAUGGUGAGUGUGAUUUCGGCUUGUGCGGAGUUAGGUGACGUGGAAAUGGGUAGGAUGGUGCACCGGUUUGUUGAGGAGAAUGGGUUUGGGUGGAUGGUUGCGCUUUGCAAUGCUCUCAUUGAUAUGUAUGGGAAGUGUGGAUGCUUGGAGGAGGCGUGGCACAUGUUUGAUAGGAUGAAGAGGAAGAGCUUGGUCACGUGGAAUGCGAUGAUGAUGGUGUGUGCGAAUCACGGCUAUGCUGAUGAUGCAUUUAGGUUAUUUGAAUGGAUGAUUGGUUCUGGGGUUGUGCCUGAUGGGGUGACAAUUCUGUCACUUCUUGUAGCAUAUGCUCAUAAGGGGUUGAUUGAUGAAGGAAUUAGAUUGUUUGGGAGCAUGCAGAAGGAAUAUGGUGUGCAACCUAGAAUCGAGCAUUAUGGUGCUGUGGUGGAUAUGUUAGGACGUUCAGGGAGAUUACAGGAGGCGUAUGAUCUGCUUACAAGCAUGCCAAUUCCAAGCAAUGAUGUUAUUUGGGGAGCUUUACUUGGAGCCUGCAGGAUUCACGGUGAUGUUGGCAUGGGAGAAAGGGUUAUAAAGAAGUUGUUGGAAUUGAAACCAGAUGAAGGGGGAUACUAUAUUCUCCUCCGUGAUAUCUAUGUCGCUGCAGGCCGGACUGUAGAAGCCAAUGAGAUUAGGCAAGCCAUGCUAGCUAGUGGAGCAAGGAAAAAUCCUGGCUGUAGUUGGGUGGAAGCAUGAACUUUAGACGUGCAUAAGCAAACAUUAUGCAAGUCACUUUCUUUGUGCAUAAGCAAUCAUUAUGCAAGGCACUUUCUUUGUGCAGUAGAGGUGUCCGCUGGGAACCUUCCUCAUCUCUGAUUUUGCCACUGUAUUGUUGAUAUGAGGAUGAAAACGAAGAAAAAGUUUGGUUUAAUCAUUGUUAAACCGCUUUAAAGAACUUAAAUUGUUAGAGUUUAUCAAGUGUCUCGUUAUCAUUACCCGCACUGGCUGUUGGAAUAUCAUUCGACGUGCUCUGCAAGUCAACAGGGCUGAUUGACGUGUCAGAAUCGUUGAAUUUUCCUCUUCCCUCUAAGGGGAAAUGAAACUUGUGAGUAGUUCUUAUGGUCUUGACAAUCAAGGUUUGUUUCCAUAUGACUUUUCUGGACUGCAUAAUCUUCAGGUUGGCUAGCUACUCUACAUGGGUUUUUGGAUUGUUGUCUUAUAACACAUUGCCUUAAACCAAGCACCGAAAGAAGAUAUUGUACAAACAUGUUGUCUUUUUUCAAAGGAAUUCUUCACACACCACAUUGCAUUUAGUGUUGGAGAAAUGAUAUAACUUAUAAGUACAGGUUCUUUUAACAAGCACUAUAAAUUUAGUUGGUUAGAUAUCAUCUUUAAAGCCAAUUAGUCAGUAAAAUUGCUUACAUUCUUUUUAAUUUUCAACGUUGUAUGAUGGACUAUAUUCACAUGUUAUUGUUUAGUCUAUAUGUUGUAGUAAUAUUAGAUUAUUGGGUUUGCAAAUAGUUCUUGCCGAGCAUUUUAAGAACUUUUGUUCAUAGAUAUUGGAGACUCUAAGGCUUUCUUUUGCUGUGAAAAUUUGCAGUCUUUUUAAGGAGUCUAAAGGUGGGAAAGGUUGUGAAAUAUAAGCUUAAUGUACAAGCAAUAACCACUUGAAUGCUCGGUUUCAUCAAACCAAUCACUUCCACAGUAGUCAUUCCCUCUUUAUUAACUUCUCACUAGCAAAGACAAAGAAGUAGGACCUUGUAAGAAAAAACAAGAAAGAUGGUACACCAAGGGCUACAAAAAUCAAUGCCCAAUUUUUUGAAUCUUUGUGCAGUUCAUCUGCAGGCUCAUAUAAAGUAUUAUUGACCAUCUUGGAGAUAUUGCUUGCAGACCCAUGUUCUGUUCUGUCUAAUCCAUUUAAGCUGAAAUUCUUUGACAUUGAUUCUGCCGAUGAGAUAUUUGUCCAGCUUGUGGAUCAUAAAACCUCUCUAUCAAGCUAAAGUAAUAACUGUUGAUUUCCCACUUCCACUUUGCCCCACCAAAGCAGCAGUUGUUCCCCUUGGUAUUGAAAGAGAAAAUACAUUGAGUAUAGUUUCAUUUGGCCUUGAAGGAUAGCUAAAACUCACUUCUCUCAGUUCUAUGUCUCCACCAAUAUCAUCAAGCUGCUGACCUGUUCUGUCACAUGUAUCAAGAUCUGGUUAAUCAUUUCAAACAUCUUAAACGCCGCAGUCCAUUCUGAAGCUAAAGCAGUGAGGCCAGGAGACGAGGUAGAAUUGAGGAUAGCAAAACAAGGGUUAGAAGCCAUCCCUUGGUGAAUGCUAUGACAAAACCUUCAAUUGAAGACGCCACUGACUGUAUAACUGUCCUAACUAAAAUUAAAGAUGGAAACAACAUAAAAAAAUAUAUAAGACGUUUGAGCUAUGAAUUUGAUUUUUAAAACUUCAUUGUUGGUUCUCUGGUACCUUAUCACCCAUGGGCAUCUUGAAUAAAAAUUGUGUCACUUUAUCCUUCCAACAAC